AUUAUACCAAUCUCAGGUACUUUGGCGACGACCGAAUUUUAAACAUAAAAGUGAUUUAAAUUCCAUAAAGCAAUUACACUGAGAAAGUAAUGAUUCAUGUCUUCUCUUUCGGCGAAAACAAUUCAAAAUAAACAAUAAUGUAUACUAAAAAGGCAGUUCCAUUUAUUUAGCGGGCUAGGGACUCCCCAAAAAACACACAUCAUCAUAAUCAUUUUCUUCUCCCAAUUGCAAUGGCGCCAAGAACAAUGGAAACAUCUAUUCUCAUGAUCUUCACGGUGGUCGCAUUAAUGUCCGGCGAGAGAGCCAUCGCAGUGGACUGCUCCUCGUUGAUACUAAACAUGGCUGAUUGUUUGUCGUUCGUGACGAAUGGUAGUACGGUGGAGAAGCCUGAAGGAACAUGUUGCUCAGGUCUCAAGACUGUGGUUAGGUCAGGACCUGAAUGUAUUUGUGAGGGUUUCAAGAACAGUGCCUCUCUUGGUGUUACUCUUGAUCUUGCUAAAGCUGCUUCUCUUCCUUCAGCUUGUAAAGUUGCUGCCCCUCCAUCUGCUCGUUGUGGCCUCGCUGUCUCUGCAUCUCCACCUGCUAGUUCCCCUGAAAUAUCUCCCACGGCCGGAGCAGGUGCGCCAUCUUCGUCAAGUGAAGCAAAUGCGGCAACUCCAGUUCCAGUCCCGGCGGGGAGUUCCGAUGCGUCUUUGGUCUCUGUCUCUUUUGCAUUUGCUCUCUUUAUCGCUCUCAUCUCUUCUUCUUUCUAUUGAGUUGUUUAGGUCCAUUUUAUUGCUUCCGUACUUGAGAUGUUUUUUUUUUUUGUUCUUAAAAUUUGGAGUCACCGAUUACAUUUUCCUUCCAUUUGUUUAAUUUUAUCAAUGAGAAUUCUCUUUUUCAAUUUAAAAAAAAAUAUUUUUAGCUUUCUUAA